AUGAGGGUAUUAUUCUACGUGUUCCCAUUUGUGAUUUUUGCCCUAUCUCAGGCACAGCUGAUUUCAGUUCAUGUUAUCUUCCGUCAUGGAGCUCGUGCACCAGUUCUCAAUGUCACCUCGGAGGAGGCAAAAUCUUAUUUCUAUCGUGGUUUGGGCCAACUGACAGACGUAUGUAUCGAGCAAGCAAAAUUGAUUGGAAAAGUACUCAAAGAUCGUUAUGUGAACACGUUUGUGGAUGCCAGAAUGUUACCGACGCAAUUGUUGUUCCGUAGUAGUCCAGUUGAGAGAUGUUUGAUGACAAUUCAAACAGUAGGAAAUACUAUGUUUGUGAAUUCAACUCCACCGGUGCAAACUGUUGCAAAACCGGAUGAUUUUCUCCUGGUUCCAAAACUUGACUGUGCUUUCCAAAUUGAUGAAUGGACCAAUUUCUUCAAUCUAACUGAAAAUGACAAGAAGCAAGCCAAAAAAAAUCCGUGGUUUAUCAGUGAGAAAGCUUUGCGACGAGCAACUGCCGCAUCCCAAACUCUCCAGCAAAGAUCCGAUGAAAAUCUUCCAGCUUUGAUUUUGGAAAAAGAUGCGGGUCUAGCAGUUCCGUCCUGGUUCAACGAGGAAGCCUACAAAGAGUCGCUUACUGUGUUCUACAAGGCUCUAGCUGUGAUGUCAUCUGUUGGAGAGUACAAAAGUUCAAAGGGGAUCAGAGUUAAAACGGGACUUUUGCUGGACAAAAUUUUGAACGACAUUCAAGAAAAAGUGAGGUGCCAUGAGAAAAAUCAAAAGGGACAUAUCAGUUGUGACCGUCACAAGCUCCAAGUAUUCAGCACGCAUGACCUCCUUAUUCUUCCUUUUCUCGAUGCCCUUGGUAUUCGAGAAGCAGCAUUGGGCGAAGAUUUGCCUCCUAAAUUCCUAUCGGCAAUUAUCAUAGAAACGAUGUUAUUGGAUGAUAUUCCAUUUGUAAAGGUGUUCUACCGCGGCGAUCCUCGCGAUAUAACACUGCGAGAUAUGACGGGAUUAGUCAGAAACUGCCCACCAAAUCAGGCAUUAUGCCCUGUUAACCUUUUCACUUCCUGUUGUGGAGAGUUCAUCACAGCCGAUCCAAGAAGAGAAUGCUAUGAAGAAAAAGCGGACCAACAAUUGCAUAACUGGACCAUGACCACUGUUUCCUGGAUUCUUAUUGGUAUUUCUGCUUUUUUACUUAUAAUCCUCAUCAUCAUGUCUUAUCUCGCGGUCCGUUACAAAAAUCGAUCCGUAGUUACUAUCAAAAAAGUCUGUUUGGAAAACUAA